AUGGCGAGCUCAACGGAGCUCUUUGUGGGCUCCAUCGACCAGGGCACAACCAGUUCCCGCUUUUUGAUCUUCAAUCGAGACGGAGAACCCGUUGCCUCUCACCAGGUCGAAUUUACACAGAUCUACCCGAAGCCAGGAUGGCAUGAGCAUGACCCCCUCGAACUCGUGUCGUCCGUCGAGACAUGUAUCGACGAAGCCGUCAAGAAAUUCGAGGCGCUGGGCCAUUCCCGGACUAGUAUCAAGGGAAUUGGUAUUACCAACCAGAGAGAGACCACUGUGCUCUGGGACGUCGAGACGGGAGAACCGUUGUACAAUGCCAUUGUCUGGACCGAUACCCGAUCGCAGGCCAUUGUCCAGGAAUUGAAGGCCCAGCCAGGAGCGGGCGACCUCCAGCAGAUCUGUGGUCUCCCGCUGUCGACAUAUUCUUCCUGCACCAAGCUGCUCUGGAUGCUGGAAAACGUGCCCAAGGUGAAAGAGGCGUACGAUAAGGGCAGACUGGCGUUUGGUACGGUCGAUACGUGGCUGGUAUAUCGCCUAAAUGGCGGACCGCAGGCCAAUGUUUUUGUAUCAGAUCCCACCAAUGCCUCCCGGACCAUGUUUAUGAAUCUAGAGACCCUCCGAUAUGAUGACACACUCUUGGACUUCUUUGGUAUCAAAGGCAGGGUGCAUCUUCCUCAGAUUGUCCCCUCCUCGGAUCGGAAAGCAUACGGGUCUAUAGCUUCCGGUACGCUCGCAGGGGUGCCGAUUGUAGGCUGUCUAGGAGAUCAGUCUUCCGCAUUGGUUGGACAAAAAGGAUUCUCUCCGGGGAUGGCCAAGAAUACUUACGGCACCGGAUGUUUCCUGCUAUACAAUGUGGGUGAUAAACCGGUCAUAUCGAAACACGGUUUGCUGGCCACAGUCGCUUACCAUUUCGACGGGAAACCGGUCUAUGCGUUGGAAGGCAGCAUUGCCGUCGCUGGUUCCGGCAUCAAAUUCCUCCAAAAUAACCUCAAUUUCUUCAAGGAAUCCAAGGAAGUCAAUGACCUGGCGUCGACAGUCGAGGACAAUGGAGGAUGCAUCUUCGUCACCGCGUUCAGUGGGCUGUUUGCGCCCUACUGGAUCGACGAUGCCAAAGGCACUAUCUUCGGCAUUACUCAAUAUACCCAGAAAGGCCACAUUGCUCGCGCCACCAUUGAGGCAACCUGCUACCAGACCAAAGCCAUCUUGGAUGCGAUGGAAAAGGACAGCGGACAUGCACUGUCUGAACUCGCUGUCGAUGGUGGCAUGAGCAACUCCGACCUUGCCAUGCAGAUUCAAGCGGACUUGAUCUCCAUCCCUGUUUACCGUCCCAAGAUGCGCGAAACGACAGCGCUCGGUGCGGCCAUUGCAGCCGGUCUUGCUGUCGGUCUGUGGCGCAACUUCGCGGAAUUGCGCGAUAUCAACCGGGCCGGCGGGGCGGUGUUUGAGCCCCAGAUUUCUCCCGAAAAGGGUGCAGAAAUGUUUGCCCGCUGGGAGAAGGCCGUCCACAUGUCGAAGGGAUGGAUGGCGCAAGACAAGGAGAAAGAGCCCGCGCCGGCGCCUGCUGUCAAGAAGUCGUCCGCGGCAGUCAACGGGAAUGGCGCUGUUAAGCCUGUCACUGCCAGUGGCCAUGUCUUUGACGACCUGGAUGAGGCGGACGAAGAGGAUCUCCUGCUCGAAUUGCGGAAGAUUGAAAUCCAACAGCGGUUGAAAAAGCUCCAGAAAGCUAAGGAUCGAGCAAGGGCGACGAACGGCGCGUGA